UGGAGGGUUUAAGCAAUGAACAAAAACAAAUCAUCAUCAUCAACUAACUCCCCUAAAACCCUAAAAAAAUGGAACUUCAAUCCGUUUGCCAUAGCUUUCAUGCCCCAAGGUUCAAAUUCCGCAAUCAUCGUCGCUUUUCGUUUCAAUCUAAUUUGAAGCCCCCUAUCACCAACCCCACACUAAGAACUCGAAAUCCCAGGCUUCAACAUGUAUCAAAAUGGUCUUUUACACGUGAAGUGAAAAAGAUAGUGUGUGUUUCUGGUUCUAAUUCAAACCCAAUAUCUGUUGGGGUUGAACCGUUUCGUGGAAAAUCCGGUUCAGUUUCCUUCCAUGGGUUAACUCAUCAGCUUGUUGAAGAGAACAAAUUAAUGUCAGCUCCAUUCCAAGAAGAAAAAGGAUCUUUACUUUGGGUAUUAGCACCUGUUGCAUUGAUUUGUUCAUUGAUUGUUCCUCAAUUUUUCUUUAGCAAUGCAAUUGAAGCUUUCUUCAAGGAUGAGACACUCAUAGAAAUUGUCUCAUCGUUCUCCUUUGAAGUGAUGUUCUAUCUCGGUCUUGGGAUGUUCCUACUUGUGACUGAUCAUGUUCAAAGACCAUAUAUACAAUUCAGCGCCAAGAGAUGGGGUCUCAUUACCGGACUCAAGGGGUACCUAACAUCGGCAUUCUUGUCAAUGGGUUUCAAGGUUAUUGCUCCUCUCGUUGCCGUCUACGUAACUUGGCCGGUACUCGGCUUCCCAACAUUGGUUGCAGUGGCUCCUUUCCUAGCAGGCUGCGCAGCUCAAUUUGCAUUUGAGAUGGCUCUCGAAAAACGACAGUCAUCCUGUUGGCCCCUUGUUCCUAUUAUUUUCGAGGUGUAUAGAUUGUAUCAGUUGACAAGAGCUACUCAAUUCAUUCAACAUUUUUUGUUGCUGAUGAAAGAUUCACCAAGAACCCCAGAGAUGUUCGAGAGAGGUGGUGCACUGAUUGGAAUGAUCGGAACUUUCCAAGCCCUUGCCGUGGUUUGCCUUUGGUCGUUGAUAACAUUUCUCCUAAGGCUUUUUCCUUCCAGACCUGUUGCAGAGAACUAUUGAUAUUUAGCAAGGAAAACUGAAAUUGGCUAAAAUGGGGAAAAUACCAAGUGGUGGACGAAAUGGUAAAAUAGCCAUUUUCGCAUACGAGGUAAGUUCAUGUGUAAAUAAUGUAGCAUAAUUGUUAUUUUUAAGUUAUUGAUAUUAAUUAUGUGUUAUGCUGAAUUUUAUUAUGAAAUGUAUACUUUGUGGUUAAUUUCAAAUAAUAUGUAAAUUAUGUGAACUACUUGUUAAAUAUAAUUGUUACCGAGUAUUGAUUUCGGCAUUCUACGGAAGACGGCAAGGAUAAGUGUUCGAGGAAAAAGCCCGUUUGAACCUUAGGAAUAGAUUAGGAUACAAGUGACAUGUCACUAGGAUGGUUGAGCAUCCGAACUCCUUGAGUUGAGUCCGAGUUCACUUAUGGAUGCGAAUGUUCGAACUCGUUGAGUUGAGUCCGAGUUCGUGAGAUGUAACUAGGCAUCCGAGCUCGUUGAGUUGAGUCCGAGUUCACUUAUGGAUGCGAGCGUCCGAACUCGUUGAGUUGAGUCCGAGUUCGUGAGAUGUAACUAGGCAUCCGAACUCGUUGAGUUGAGUCCGAGUUCACUUAUGGAUGCGAACGCCCGAGCUCGUUGAGUUGAGUCCGAGUUCACUUAUGGGCGGGUUACAUGGUAGCUUGGCUACAUAUGUGGCACUUAUGUGCAAACUUUCCAUGUAUCCGAAUUAUAUUCCGAUGUGUUCAACGAUAGUGGAGUUAGAAUA